AUGGCUGUUCGUUCACUACUGACCGCCGCCCUCGUGGCCACCACCGCGCUCAGCAAGCCCACCGCCAUCAAGACCCGUGCUGUCAUCGACCACGAUGCAGUUGUGGGAUUCGCCGAGGCUGCGCCGGACAAUAGCGAAGGGGACUUGAUGUUGGCAUACAAGCCAUAUCUCAAGGUUUUCAACGGCUGCGUUCCCUUCCCGGCCGUGGACGCUGAAGGCAAUACGUCCGGUGGUCUCAGCCCAACAGGAGACUCAAGCGCCGGGUGUUCCUCCAGCACUGGUCAAGUAUACGCAAGGGCUUCCGUGUACGAGGAAUACUUUGCAAUCAUGUACAGCUGGUACAUGCCAAAAGACGAGCCGUCUGAUGGGAUCGGUCACCGGCACGACUGGGAGAACGCCGUAGUCUUCCUGUCAGAGAACUCAUCCGAUGCCACCUUCGUGGCCAUGGUCGUGAGCGAGCACGGAGGUUAUGUUAGCGGCACUGCUACGUUUGACGGUACUCACCCAUACGUCGGGUAUAUCAGCUAUUGGCCCGUGGACCACACCUUGAUCUUCACAACAACGGAGGGCGGCACUCAGCCCCUGAUAGCUUGGGAGGACCUGACGGACGCCGCGCGUGAGGCGCUUGACACGACUGAUUUUGGCGAUGCGACUGCGUCUUUCAAGGACUCUAACUUUCAGUCAUACCUGGCUGACGCGUACUCUACUGCUUUCUAA